CCUCUCGCACCACAACAAACGCGCCUCCCUCCCCCACCUUCUCGAACUCUCUCUCCACCCCCGUCCGUCUCGAUCGCCAGCCCCCAGCCAUGGCCUCCGCCGCCCUCGCCACCUCCUCCACGACCGUCUGCUCCUCUCCCUUCGCCGCUGCCUCCUCCUCCUCCUACGCUUCCGCUUCGUCUGCGCGCCGCCUGCGCGCGGUCCCGCCCUCCCGCGGCGUCCGCUACCACGCCCUCCGCGCGGUCCCUGGUUUCGCCGCGAACCGUCAGGGUGGCGGCCGUGGAGCGUCGGUAAUGUGCGAGGUCCAGGGUCAGGACACAUCCAUCCAAGUUCCAGAUGUGACAAAGUCAACAUGGCAAUCACUUGUUAUGGAGAGCGAGUUUCCUGUCCUUGUUGAGUUUUGGGCUACAUGGUGUGGACCGUGCAAAAUGAUAGAUCCAGUUGUUGGCAAGCUCUCCCAGGAGUAUGAAGGAAAACUGAAAUGCUACAAGCUCAACACUGAUGAGAAUCCAGAUAUAGCAACUCAGUAUGGAGUCCGGAGCAUCCCAACCAUGAUGAUAUUCAAGAAUGGCGAAAAGAAAGAUGCAGUGAUUGGAGCUGUGCCUGAGAGUACACUGAUCUCAUGCAUCGAGAAAUUUGUUGAGAGGUAAAAAGCAAAUGCAGAUGGAACCCAUGAACAAUUAGCAUUCCACGUCCAAAUGUUCACAUCAUUCAAGACUCGAAGACAUGCUCAAUUUUUAUAUACCUGCGUGUAUAGAUAGUAUUGGGAAUCGCUUUCGGUUGCAUCCAAUAAAUGUAAUUGGAUGGAGGAUGCAGGUUGAAUGAACAAAUCGUGAAGCCUGGUUACGUAUGUCCAUUCUUGUGGCUGUAGAUAUGUACGUAUGGCAUUGACUUGCGAAGUUAGGAACCAUAUUAAACCCCUUUUACAAAUUAUACCAUUACAGCUUUCCAAAUA